ACAGAGAGACUCGUAGACUCCAUAAAAGACAAAAGACGUACACACACAAAAUGAGAGAAACGACGACCAGCUUUCGUACACAAGCAUAAAAAAAACCCAACUCGACUGAGAAUAAAAGUUUUCUUUUUUCCUUUUGAUUUCUUCAUCGGAAAAGGUACACAAAAGACAGAGACUUGUCGUCCCGUUUUUUCUCGAUCUCAUUUUCUUUCGUCCUUUGAUGGAAGAUAGGUAGGCUAGGUUCAGUGUUUAUGGGGCCAAGGAGAUUUCUGGGUCGUCCUUACUCUCUGAUGCUGUCAAUUUAUUGAUACAACUUUCUUCAUUCUGGUAUAAAAAGAAAAAUUGCAAGUAUAAAAGCUUAGGGCUUUUUUUUUUUUUUUUGUGUGGAACGAAGAUGGAAUCGGGUAGGUCCGAAUCCGCUGUCCGGAUUACCCAGCGGCUUCAGUCUUUGUCAUCGUCUGAUACGAGAGGGAAGCAUAGGAUACAGGCGGAGUUGAAGCGGCUUGAACAAGAGUCUAGAUUCUUAGAGGAAGAACUUGAAAAGUUGGAGAAAAUGGAGGCGGCUUCAACCGCAAGCAAAGAAAUGCUGAGUAUUGUUGAAAGUAGACCAGACCCUCUACUCCCAGUAACAAAUGGACCCAUAAAUCCAGUUUGGGAUAGGUGGUUUGAAGGCCCGCAAGAAUCAAAGGGUUGCAGAUGCUGGUUUCUCUGAUAACAUUCAACCAAGCCUAGCUCAAAUCAUUGGAAGAAGACUUAUACUCACCGACAAGUUCCAAGUCAUUGGCAUUCCAUGUAAUGCUCCAUUGUGCAGAAGUUUUACAAUUCUCUAGCAGCAAUUUUUUCCUCAUUGACAAAUGUUUAAUGAAAUGCUUCAAUGGACAGAACAUGCAAAUUCUUCAGACAAAUAGAAAUGUCCAAAAAAAAAAUUCUACAGGUUUGAAGAA